AUGAAGCGUGGCCCCUCGCUUCCGAUCACCGCGCUGGCCGCGUGGGCCAAGCUGAACGACGUUUGCCUCGAUGGCAUCGAGGUCAGGAGCCUGCCCCCAACGACGACGACGACGACGACGACGAAGACAGAUGGCGGCGGCGGCGGCGGCGCGCACGAGAAGGGCGCCGGGUUGUUUGCCACGCGCGACAGGCAGCCUGCGCAGGCACGCCCAGCUGGGGACGAUGGGCCGGAAGUGCUGAUGCGGGUUCCGGCGGACUUGGUGCUGGCGUUAACUACGGUUGAGACGCAUGCAAAGUCGGAUCGGUAUCUACGAGAGGUGUUGGAUGCGGCGGGAGACUUUGGGAAGACAGCUCGAGGGGCGAUUCUGCUUUUCCUUCUGCUCUUGCUGACGCACGCGAGUCAAGACUGCCCAGACGAAGUCAAAAGCCACGUAGGCCUCUCCAACCCAUGGACUGGCUACCUGCAGUUUCUGCCCGAGGUGUACCCGCUGCCUACGUUCUACUCGGAUGGCGAGCUGGAGAUCCUGCGAGCGACGUCGCUGCAGGCGGCCUUGGAGGCCAAACUAGAUUCUCUCGAGCGAGAGUUCGAGCAGCUCCGGCAGUCGACAGGCGACAUUCCGUGGUGCAGGGCAAACUGGUGGGAUGGAGAGAGUGGGAAACUCACCUUCCAUGAUUGGAAAGUCGUUGACGCCAUGUAUCGCUCGCGCGCGCUGGAUCUGCCCGAGUAUGGGCAUGCGAUGGUGCCGUGCUUGGACAUGGCAAACCAUGCCUCUGGCGCUGAGACAAGGGCCUUGUAUGAGAUGGACGAGGAGCGCAACAUUGUGCUCCAAGUGCGGUACGGGCAAAGUUUAAGGGCGGGCGACGAGGUCACCAUUACGUAUGGAGACGAGAAGGGCGCGGCGGAAAUGAUCUUUUCGUACGGGAUUCUCGAAGGCACGGUCACGAAUGCACGGCAGUUGUUUCUGGAGCUUCAGAUCCCGGAUGAUGAUCCCUUGAAACCGGCGAAGAUGAUGGCGUGUAACGAUCCACCCGGAGUUCGGGUGUUUACGAGGAUGGAUCCGCACGAUCGGCCUAAGAUGGAUUGGGAAAGUGCCUUUGUGUGGUGGGUGUGCGUUAACGAGGAAGAUGGGCUUGGGUUUGAGGUGCUACAGUCCAACGACGGCGGGCGCGAGGUCCAGGCAGCGUGGAAGGGCUCGGUGCUGAGGUCGUCGGCGCAGCUCCGGGCGCAGCUGGAGGAGGACCCGUUGUGGGAUGUGUAUCGCCUUCGGGCGGUGGUGACGAUCCAGGAGCGGCUGCUGGACCAGCAGCGGCAGCUGGCGGACAGCCAUGACGCGGUCGCGGAAUGGGGCGAGCGAGUGGACGAAGUCACGAUCCGGCAGUCAGUGUGGGACACGACGAUGCGACUGCGAGGGCUGGAAGAGCAGUUUCUGGGCCAGGCAAUCGAUGACCUGGAGACAGAGAAACACGAGCUGGCGCAGCUGGCCACGGUGCAGCAAUAUCUGGGACGGUACGUGAUUGGCGCGGAUGUGACAGAGGACUUUUCCUGA